UUAAAUAGUGCUAGGAAUUUCCCUUUUAAUUUUAUUCGAAUCCAACCCAAACCCUCCACAUUCUCGAACUUUCCCAAAUACGCCGUUACAGUUGCACACUUUCUUUCUCUUACAUCUUAUCCAUGGCUUCCACUUCUGCUUUUGUCACUUUGGCAAAGCCUUUCUCUUUACCCAGCAAUAACUCCUCUAAUCAAAGAUUAAUUGGUUUCAGAAGAAACGGUCUUAGAAUUAAUGCAGUUGCCGCAAAAUGGGAACCAACAAAGGUUGUUCCACAGGCUGAUAGAGUUUUGGUUCGUCUUGAGGACCUUCCCGAGAAAUCAGCUGGUGGCGUUCUUUUACCUAAGUCAGCAGUGAAGUUCGAGAGGUACCUUAUGGGUGAGAUUCUCUCCGUUGGUUCUGAUGUUGCCGAAGUUGAGGCUGGGAAGAAGGUUCUUUUCUCAGAUAUAAGUGCAUAUGAGGUUGAUCUUGGAACCGAGUCUAGGCACUGCUUUUGUAAAGAAAGUGACCUCUUGGCCGUAGUCGAGUAGAUGAAUUAGAAUGCAGAGUAUUGUUGGGGACUUCAAUUGAUUUUGCCUUUGGAUUUUAGGAUAUUUUGUUCUUGAAUGAAAUGACUUUUUAUGUAUUGAAGCAUACAAGGUUCUGUAUGGAAAUAACUAAUUUAUUUUAAAUUAUAAAUUUAAUUAUAUAAUUAUAAAUAAAGAAUUUAAAAAUGAUCA